CUUUAAAGGUUUUCCUCCACACUUGCUAGUUACGUAGUGACACAUGAUUUGUUUCUCUCUAUGAAAAUCACUAGGAAGUUCAGAAGUUAUGAAUGAAUGAAUGAAUUGGCUACUCACUAGAUGUUGAUCGGAGUUCAAAGUACAAUCCCCAAACCUGUCCACACGCAGCGCUUAUCAUUGUCCCGCCGCCUCCACACCACUGCCUGGCUCCUACUCCAGGUACCGCCUUCCACCCAAACAUUGGACGCCCUCACUCUCUCCCACCGCAUCCUCCAAGAAGACCCAAAGGCCCUGUCUUCAACGCAAUGGACCCCAGACCUCGUACUAUCCAUCCUCAAGCGCCUCUGGAACCACGGACCCAAGGCUCUCCAAUUCUUCGACCACCUCGAUUGCCAUCCCUCUUACGCUCACCCCGCUGCUGCAUUUGACCACGCCAUAGACAUCGCCGCCCGGAUGCGCGAUUACCGCACCCUUUGGAAGCUCGUAGCCCGGAUGCGAUCCCGCAGACUCGGUCCUCGGCCAAAGACCUUUGCUAUCAUCACCGAGAGGUACGUUUCUGCCGGCAAACCUGAUAAAGCGUUGAAGGUUUUCUUGUCUAUGCAUAAUCAUGGUUGCCCCCACGAUUCGAAUUCUUUCAAUACUUUUCUCGAUGUUCUUUGCAAAUCCGGGCGGGCUGAGAUGGCCUAUAGGCUUUUGAAGAUGCUUCGAGGUAGUAGAUUUAGAGCUGAUAUUGUCACAUAUAACAUACUUGCACAUGGAUUUUGUUUAAUCAAACAAACCCCUAAAGCUCAAGACAUCCUCAAGGAAAUGGUAUGGAGAGGCUUGACUCCCACCAUAACCACAUAUAACAUAAUGCUCAAAGGAUUUUUUCGGGCUGGUCAGAUUAAAGAAGCUUGGGAAUUUUUCUUGCAAAUGAAGAAGAGGAAGUGUGAGAUUGAUGUUGUGACUUAUACCACUCUGGUUCAUGGGUUAGGAGUUGUUGGAGAGAUUGAUAAAGCUCUCAAGAUGUUUAAUGAGAUGGUUGGAACUGAUGGUAUACUUCCUUCUAUUUCAACUUACAAUGCAUUCAUUCAAGUGUUGUGCAAGAAGGAUUCUAUGGAAAAUGCUAUAUCAGUAUUCGAGGAGAUGUUGAGGAAAGGUUAUGUCCCAAACACAAUGACUUAUAAUUCAGUAAUUAGGGGGUUGUGUCAUAGGGGGAGAAUGAAUGAGGCUGUUCAGUAUUUGGAUAAAAUGAGGGAUGACCAUAAGUGUGAACCGAAUAUUCAGACCUACAAUGUCAUUGUCCGCUAUUAUUGCGACCAAGGAGAAAUUGAGAAGGCUCUGGUGGUAUUUGACAAAAUGAAUUGUGUCGAUUACUGCUUACCCAAUCUGGAUACGUACAAUGUCUUGAUCAGCUCUAUGUUUGGGAGAAAGAAAUCAGAUGAUUUACUCGUGGCUGGCAGGUUGAUAGUGGAAAUGGUUGGUAGAGGGUUUUUGCCAAGAAGGUUCACGUUCAAUCGCGUUCUGAAUGGACUUUUGCUCACUGGCAAUCAACAUCUUGCCAGAGAGAUUUUGAGACUGCUAAGUGAAUCUGGCCGUCUCCCCCGUCAUUUCAAGUUGUGAAUCUAUUCCAGCUUCCUGAAAGAUUUGGAGCAAAUCUAGUUGUUAUGCAUUGAAAGCAUCAUUGGUUAAAAUGACUAACCUGCAUUUCAAAUGCUGAGAAUUGAAAGUUGCUGCUUUGGUACCUGAGACCUUAUGUGCUUCAAUGUGCCAACUGAAUGUGCAAGUCUUUGUGACCUAUAGUUUCUGUAUGCCAUAUAUGGGCUAAAGCAAACGCAUUGUAGAUGGAGUCAUGCAUACAGUGCUCAAUUGAAGUACAUGAUUUUUUAUAUCUGAUAUGGCUAUCUUCCAACCUCCUAAUCCUGAAUGACAAUUGUAAGGCAGCUCACCUUCAUUUUAGUUUUUAAUAUAAAUACUUGUAGAGCUCUGUGUUUGUAGUAGUACCUGUCCAAUAUAAUCCAGUGUCCGUUUUGGUGAUAUCUUUCUUCAUACAAUCCUUGUUAGCUAACUAUUUUAUAUCAGCAAGCACUAAAUUAUCUGGAUGUGGUAGUGUUUGAGUCGGUUGACCAUGAAGUCACAAUGCACAUAUUGUUUUUUUGCGGAAGUUGCUGAAAUGAAUGAAAGCGUUACUUGGACUCUCAUUUAGGCAUUUAAAAUUUUAUUUUCUUAAAUUUAUGAAGAGGAUAAAUUUGGAAGUGUUUUUUACAGUUCAGUGAAUUCAUCAUAUCAGCAACAAUUUCAACCACUUCAAACAAAUUUACGGUUACCUAAAAGGAUCUAGGAGUCAAAAGUUUAGCUAUAAUUGUAUUAGCAAUCCACAAUUCAUGGAUAAAAAUUUGAUUUACACUUUAUGUUUAGUUAUCGUAGUAUUGGGUAGCAUUGUAGCACCAGUGACACUAGUAAACCAAUAAUUUAAAAACUGAAUUCAGUAUUUGUUCAUAUGCACUGAUAGAAUAGUUAUAUAAUACUUUAGAAGCAGUACGACCAAUUCUGCAUCUACAAGCUUUAGAUGAAGAAGAUGGACAUCAAGCUUGAAUGAGCACAACUGCACAGCACACUUUUAGAUGGUUGAUUUUUAACAGGAGAUCAGAAAAUCAUGCACUUGAGAAAUGGGAAUUUUUGGGUUUCUAUCAAAUUACAUAGUUGGGUCUUUCUAUUUGGGCAAUACAACUAGAUUGAGAUGCAUUCUUGCUUAGUAAUGGUUCCUUAGGCAAGUCAUCUUGAGAGAUUGGGAAAAUGGGCGAAUGGCUUCUCUCUCAGUGGUCCAAAGACGAGCAGAGUUUCCUGUGUACUCAGAACACUCAAUUAAAGGCGGGUUGAAUAAUGAAGUUGGUAAUAAUGUGGACCUCUUUGGAGUCAACCGUGGGGGUCAAUUGAGCCUCUUUUUUAGCAAUUUAAUGAGUUUAAUGGUCCAUUUUUUAUGCUCAUCAGCAUUAACCAUUGAUUUUAGCCUUUAGAUUUAAAAUUUGUAAAAAAAAAAUAGACACCCCAUUCUGUCCUCUUCACUUUCAACACUAUUGGGUUAAGAUUAAUUCAUUAUUAAAAAUAGAUUUUCUUUAAUUUAAGUUUUAACACGAUCUAAUGGUUAAAACUAAUACUUCGUACUUGAUAUGAAUAAGUAAAGUGAUUAGGAUAAUUGAAUUCAUCUUUGGUCUAAAAUGAAAGAGGUUCAUGAUUCUUAGUGUUAGGCCUUACCUUACUAUAGUCUAACUGUGUACUAUUUUCAUAAAGGCGUGAGUACAUGAAACAAUGAUCAUGGACAUGUGUUCAAGCCCAAGAUUGAAGUUGUGAGAUGGUCAACAUGAGUAAUGACAUUAAACAUUAUUUAUCUCUUUCAUCGGAAAAUAUCAAAUGUAAUGAUAAUGAUUGUGAAAGAGUUUGGUAUUGUAGUUUUCUACGUUCAUCUUUUGGUUUGAAUUGCAUGGCAGACGACAUGGAAGAUUUAUACGCUCGGUUGGACCUGGAAGACGAUGAUCCUAAAGUAGUGGAAGUUGAUGUGACUGAUGUGGAAGAAUCGACCGCAGUAACCUCCUAUUGCUUGGUUGGAUGUAUUAUUAUUAUUAUUAUAUGAUUAUUACAUCAAAUUCCAGUUUUUUCAUGAUACAAUCGUUGAUGUUUGGGGAGGGGUGUGAAUAUACAAGAGAUUGGGGAUCAGAGAUUUUUAUUCCAGUUUUUUCAUGUGGUGGACAUCGAAAGAGUUUUGGCGGACGGACCCUGGUCAUAUGAAAAUAGUUUGUUGGUUCUUUAUAAGCUGGAAGGGGCGGAGGAUCCUGUCCCUUUAACUCAUGAGGCCUUCUGGAUAUAGAUUCAUCAUAUUCCGAUGUGGUACUUCACAAGGAAAAAUGGCUAAACCUAUUGGCAAUCGGGUGGGGCACUUUGUUAUGGCUGACAAUAAUACUUUCAAAGGAGGCUGGAAAUAAUUUAUGAGAAUUAGGGUGCAAAUUGAUGUUGGUAAGUCGUUGCAGAGUCGUUUAAAGUUAAAGAAGGGGAACGAUUCACUCUGGGUAGAUAUCCCGUACGAGAGAUUGCCUCACUUUUGCUUUAUUUGUGGUAUUAUGAGCCAUGUUGGUCAGCCGGACGACGAGUCCUAUCAGGCUUGCCAGACAAGAUCGCUACUCUCUCUAGACACACACACACACACACACAAAGUGCAACGUUUGUAAAUAAUUUAUUUAGCUGUCUUUCUAAUUCCUUUUUAAGCUGAAAUUUGAUGGACAUAAACUAGACUUGAUGAUGAAUAUGAAAAAAAAUCAUUAAAAAUUUUUAUCAGGAA